GCAUCCCCUCCGCCUCCUCCCCACCACCAACGACCUCCUUUGCCGCUGUCGCCGCGUUUGAGCAAGCGGCCGCCGCAGAGGCAUUCCCGGUCUUCGACGAAGACAACACGGAGGGUUCGCCCUCGCCAUCGCCCUCCCCCUCCCCCGUUCCUUCCCGUCGCCGCCGGUCACGCAACGUGACCCAUCUUGACCGUUCGCUCUUUCUCGGCCUCCCGCCAGGACGGGUGUUUGACUACGUUGACCUGGUGAGGUCGCUGCGUGCGCCGCCAUUUGAACCGCCAAGGGUUCAAUCUUCUCCCUCCACCUCCUCCACCACCACCACCACCGCGGCCGCUCCCUCCCGCCAAAUCAUCAUUGACGAGGUCCAACAAUGGCCGCAGUCAGAGUCCCAGUCCCAGGCCCAGCGCGCCUCAAGCGCUCCGCAGGCCCAGACGAGUGGCUCGAUGCAGCAAAGAACUGCAAAUACCUCUCAGAAUACCACAUGAAACAGCUUUGCGAGAUCGUCAAAGAAUACAUGAUGGAAGAAUCAAACAUUCAACCUGUCUCGACGCCAGUCACGAUCUGCGGAGACAUCCAUGGACAAUUCUACGAUCUACUCGAGCUUUUCAGAGUCGCAGGAGGCAUGCCAAACGAAUCAGCACCAGAAACACCCGUGACACCAGCAAACAUCAUCACCUCCGCAGACAUCGAACCUCCCACCACUAUCACGAACCCAAAAUUAAAGAAGAAGAUGAGACUCGGAGGCACACAACAUCCUGACCCAACUGGCGACAAGAGCAGUGAAGUCAGCGAUGCCGAAGAGAUACCCUCAUCACAACAAUCUGAAAUCGAAGACGAGCGAUCAGAAUCUGGGAAUGUCAUAUCCCAACGACAAAAUGCCAAUUUCAUCUUUCUAGGAGACUACGUCGAUCGUGGAUACUUUUCUCUCGAAACACUCACCCUCCUUUUAUGCCUGAAGGCAAAAUAUCCCGAAAAGAUCACGUUAGUCCGAGGCAAUCACGAAUCUCGUCAAAUCACUCAAGUGUACGGCUUCUACGAAGAAUGCGUACAGAAAUAUGGAAACACCUCAGUAUGGAAAGCAUGCUGCCAGGUCUUCGACUUCAUGACACUUGGAGCCAUUGUUGAUGGCAAGGUCUUGUGUGUACACGGGGGUCUUUCACCGGAAAUCCGAACACUUGAUCAAGUCAGAGUCGUUGCUCGCGCGCAGGAAAUCCCACAUGAAGGUGCAUUCUGCGAUCUUGUAUGGUCCGAUCCAGAAGACGUCGAGACAUGGGCAGUAUCACCACGAGGAGCUGGCUGGUUAUUCGGAGAUCGAGUCAGUCAGGAAUUCUGUCACGUCAAUGGACUGAACCUCAUUGCAAGAGCACAUCAAUUGGUCAACGAAGGCUACAAAUACCACUUCAAGAGUCAAGAUGUGGUCACAGUAUGGAGUGCCCCGAACUACUGCUACAGAUGCGGCAACCUAGCGUCCGUAUGCGAAAUUGGCGAAGACAUGAAACCGACAUUCAAGCUGUUCAGCGCCGUCAAAGACGAGCUACGACACGUCCCACCCUCGAGAGGUGGACGCAACGAGUACUUCCUUUAGCAAGAAUGCCAUGACUUCCAGGAGACACUGAGAGAAACAAUGAUUGUGCUUGGAUUGUGCUUGAACGACCUUUAGGGCCCAAUGCCCUGCUGCAGAUACCACGGUUUUCAGCAUAGCGAGGCGUGAUGAAUGGCGCAGGCCGCAACAACUGUACAUUAUUUCACAAGAGCUAGAUGAUAGUGCUAGGCUUCAAUAAGCCGAGAGAUACCCAAAUACCUGUGCACAGAGGCAUAUUGAUCCAUACUGUAGUCUGUAGAUGACUUCUGGCACGCCAUAACACCUACCUGGUAGGUGAGUCCUCCGGAGU